AUUCGGUACAUCUGCAACCAGCCCCCUCCCUUUUUGAAUCUUAUUCAUUUUCCAGCAGCAUAAAUCAGAAAGCAAAACCUGUAGUGUUCCAUUUUGUCUUUAACCAAAAAUAUAUUCUUAAAAUACAUUCUCAAAAAUAUAUUCUUAAAGAUGAAAUAAUUAUACUGUUAUCUCAGAUCAAGGUUUCAAAGGAGGAACCCAUGUACACUUACACGAAGAUGGAUGUGUAAAAGCAGGUAGAUGAGUAUUUGUCCUAAAAAUGUGAUCUUUCGUAUUGAUUCCGCAGCCUGGCGAGCUAUCCCUGUGCUUUGCUGCCACCUUGGCAAACUAGAAGGAUUUACAACGGAAUUCUGCACCGGCGGGCGGAAACGGCUCUCCCGCUGCCUCAAGGGUUGGCCUGGCUCGAGGAGGCGUUUGAAAUGGCUAUUACAGGUUCCCAUUGGCUUCGGUAUGUUGCCGAGAGAAAUUAGAACAUCUACCCAGUGGAGAAACACAUUGUCUCUUUUUAAAAAUAACUCAGUUUCCGCAAGAUCCACGUGUUACCCUCUGAAUGAUUUUUAAAGGCUCGGUAUUUCUUUCUUUCUUUAGUCGGGAAUGGAGCUGGAGAAAGAAGGCAUCGGUUGAAGAUGUCUGAAUUUGCGCUCUGGGCGACGUUCUGGCUCACUUGGGUGUGACGGUGACAGCAGAGGCGCUCUGCUAUCAAUUUUCUCUUGUCUAAGCUUCCAUUCGGCGUCCACGAGGACUCACCUCUAACUCCAGUUAACUUCUUGGGAGUCUAGAGCGCUUAGUCACAGCCGUUUACAAAACGCGAAGCAUCUGGGUGGCCAAGGUGGAGAGUCCCGUACUCUCUAUUUUUAUUUAUUUAUUUUUUACCACUUCCAGAGGAGUUGGAGAAAUACUGCCGAUCAAAAUCUAGGUUCUUAAAGCUGACCUGCUGCUUUCAACGUUGGGACUCAGAUAUAUUUUCUGCACCGUCAUUUUUGUUUGUAUUUCUCCUUUUUAUUCCAUUCUAAGGCUCAAUCGCUGUCUCUCUCCACCCUUCCAUCUCCCCAUUCACAUCUCAAAAUCCCUCAAGCCCGCCCUUCCCCCAUCUUCCGGCGUCUUAGUCUUAUUUGAAUAUGCGGUCCUUUGGUUUAUGCGGGCCUUGGGUGGGUGGAUGGGAGGCAGCUGGUGGUUUCAUUUAAAUUGGGCGUGGGUAGGUGGGUACCUUCCACAAGUCGUCUCGCCCACGCAAAACAGUUAAAAGCUACAGUCAGAACGAGCGGAGAGUCCACAUCUUCAAAGCACCGCUAGAAAAGGAAAUAAUACGGGUGCCAGGGAGAGGGCAGAAAUAGAGGAAUAAAACCCAACUUCGCGGGCAACUUCGAUAAAUCUGGUAACUGGCGGCAAAAAAUAGAUUCCGAGGGCUGAGUCUGGUCCGGAUGAAACGCUACGACUCCUUCCCAUGUCGGAGUCUGGGGUUGGAAGCCUGCCACUGGCGUCUUGCCACGCGAGUGCCCCCAGACAGCAACACACCCACUGGAAACGCACGUGAACAAAGCUCUCGCCCCAGGAGCCGCCGCCUGCGGUUUCCUAGUCGAUUCCGGCUUCUCCAGACAGCGCAGGGCGCACACAGGGUUAAGUUAGCUCCCUCCCUGGUAGGAGGGAGAGGAGGGGGAGGGGAAAAGCAACAUACUGUCUCAGGCUGGGUACCUUGUAGUUAGUUGUACGUUCGAACCCUGUGGUCGUCACUUGCGAGUUUGCAUCUUCCAUAGCCACCGCAGAGGUACCAGAGCGCGGAGAUAACAUCAGCGGCCGCAAUCUCCGCUCCAAGGCGCCGCGCUGCUCCUCCCGGGGUGCGUCUCUGGCCCUAGGUCCCGGGUGUCAAGUAGCGGCGAGGCGGCAGCUCUGCGCCCGCCGCCGUGUCCACCCAGCCCCGGGACCAGGUUGGCAGUUCUCAACGAUGGGCAGGAGGGACCUUGGCGGAGACCCCUAAAACAAUACCAUGCCCCGGGAGCCCGGCUGCUGCCGCGCCAGCUUCUUCCCUUUCCACCUCCCCGACCCUGUCGGAUUCGGAUGAGCUCACUGCGAGGAGACGCGACCGCCAGAUUGCAGAUCGAGCUUAAUCAAGAAGUUCGUAGGCUGAUCAACACUCAGCUGACCUGCAACAGAAGAAAGGAGGUCUGCCUUCCCAGUUGGGCCCCUGUUGACCGCUGAUAACUUGGCAUCACUCAUUGCCCGUGUGAAAAUUCUCCCUAUUGAAAUUUUUUCGCACAUGGAGGACAACAGCAAAGAGGGCAACACAGGCUGAUAAGACCAGAGACCGCAGGAAGAUUCUUUUACCGUGGGCCUUUGAGACUUUUCUUCUAGUUGGAGUUCUGGACUUGACAGAACCCCAUCCAGUCAUUUUGGUUUUACUAUCUGUUUUUUUGUUCUUUUUCUUUUCCUCAUCACGUUGUAUUUUAUUUCUGUACUUCAGAAAUGGGCCUACAGACUACACAGUGGCCCAGCCAUGGGGCUUUUUUCCUGAAAUCUUGGCUUCUCAUUUCCCUGGGGCUCUACUCACAAGUGUCAAAAAUCCUGGCGUGCCCUAGCGUGUGCCGCUGCGACAGGAACUUUGUCUACUGUAAUGAGCGAAGCUUGACCUCAGUGCCUCUUGGGAUCCCGGAGGGCGUAACCGUACUCUACCUCCACAACAACCAAAUUAAUAAUGCUGGAUUUCCUGCAGAACUGCACAACGUACAGUCGGUGCACACCGUCUACCUUUACGGCAACCAACUGGAUGAAUUCCCCAUGAAUCUUCCCAAGAAUGUCAGAGUCCUCCAUUUGCAGGAAAACAAUAUUCAGACCAUAUCACGGGCAGCUCUUGCCCAGCUCUUGAAGCUCGAAGAGCUACAUCUGGAUGACAAUUCUAUAUCCACAGUGGGGGUGGAAGAUGGGGCCUUCCGGGAGGCUGUUAGUCUGAAAUUGUUGUUUCUGUCCAAGAAUCACCUGAGCAGUGUGCCUGUUGGGCUUCCUGUGGACUUGCAAGAGCUGAGAGUGGAUGAGAAUCGAAUUGCUGUCAUAUCAGACAUGGCCUUUCAGAACCUCACGAGCUUGGAGCGUCUGAUCGUGGAUGGGAACCUACUGACCAACAAGGGCAUUGCUGAGGGCACCUUCAGCCAUCUCACCAAGCUCAAGGAAUUUUCAAUCGUACGGAAUUCACUCUCCCACCCACCUCCUGAUCUCCCAGGUACACAUCUGAUCAGGCUCUAUCUGCAGGACAACCAGAUAAACCACAUCCCUUUGACAGCCUUCUCAAAUCUCCGCAAGCUGGAGCGACUGGAUAUAUCCAACAACCAACUGCGCAUGUUGACUCAAGGGGUCUUUGAUAACCUCUCCAACCUGAAGCAGCUCACUGCUCGGAAUAACCCUUGGUUUUGUGACUGCAGUAUUAAGUGGGUCACAGAAUGGCUCAAAUAUAUCCCUUCAUCUCUCAAUGUGCGGGGUUUCAUGUGCCAAGGUCCUGAACAAGUCCGGGGGAUGGCUGUUAGGGAGUUGAAUAUGAAUCUCUUGGCGUGUCCCACCACGACCCCUGGCCUGCCUCUCUUCACCCCAGCCCCAAGUACAGUUUCUCCCACAACUCAGCCUCCCACACUCUCUGUCCCAACCCCCAGCAGAAGCUAUACGCCUCUAACUCCUACUACAUCGAAACUUCCCACAAUUCCCGACUGGGAUGGCAGAGAAAGAGUGACCCCACCUAUUUCUGAACGGAUCCAACUCUCUAUCCAUUUUGUGAAUGACACUUCCAUUCAAGUCAGCUGGCUCUCUCUCUUUACUGUGAUGGCCUACAAACUCACGUGGGUGAAAAUGGGCCACAGUCUAGUAGGGGGCAUUGUUCAGGAACGCAUAGUCAGUGGUGAGAAGCAACAUUUGAGCCUGGUUAACUUAGAGCCCAGAUCCACCUAUCGGAUUUGUUUAGUGCCACUGGAUGCUUUUAACUACCGAGCUGUGGAAGACACCAUCUGUUCCGAGGCCACCACGCAUGCCUCCUAUGUGAACAAUGGCAGUAACACCGCUUCCAGCCACGAGCAGACGACGUCCCACAGCAUGGGCUCCCCUUUUCUGCUGGCUGGCCUGAUUGGGGGCGCAGUGAUAUUUGUGCUGGUGGUCUUACUCAGCGUCUUUUGCUGGCACAUGCACAAAAAGGGGCGCUACACCUCGCAGAAGUGGAAAUACAACCGAGGCCGGCGGAAAGAUGACUAUUGCGAGGCAGGCACCAAGAAGGACAAUUCCAUCCUGGAGAUGACGGAAACCAGCUUUCAGAUCGUCUCCUUAAAUAACGAUCAGCUCCUUAAAGGAGAUUUCAGACUGCAGCCCAUUUACACCCCAAAUGGGGGCAUUAGUUACACAGACUGCCAUAUCCCCAACAACAUGCGAUACUGCAACAGCAGUGUGCCAGACCUGGAGCACUGCCAUACGUGACAGCCAGAGGCCCAGCGUUAUAAAGGCGGACAGUAAAACUCUUGAGAACACACACGUGUGUGCACAUAAAGACACGCAAAUUACAUUUGAUAAAUGUUACACGGAUGCAUUUGUGCAUUUGAAUACUCUGUAAUUUAUACGGUGUACUAUAUAAUGGGAUUUAAAAAAAAGUGCUAUCUUUUCUAUUUCAAGUUAAUUACAAACAGUUUUGUAACUCUUUGCUUUUUAAAUCUUAAAAAAAAAAUAGUUGCUGAAGUACUGUACAGGGUUGUACAAUGAGAACCCAACGCCAAGGGAAAAGAAUGAGUGAUUCUUCCUCAUGAUGCUCAUUAACCACUUCGCUGUUGAAGCUGUCAGAAUAAAUUCCUUUCUUAGAGUGGGUGGUCAGAUGAAAGGGCAGGUUAAAAUGGACUUAUCAGGGGAGGAUAAAGAAUAUGGGUAAAACAAGAAAGGACCCAGAUAUCUUCAUGCUAUUUCUGUACUUUCUAGUCUGGAAGAAGAGUUAAAAAUUCCAAAGUAUAAGAAAGGAGGUAGUUACCAUGGUUUGACCAAAAAGAAGAAAUGUAGAAAGCAUCACGAGGAAGUGAGUUCCCAUGAGCCAAGUUAACCCAACCUGGCAGAAUGGAUAAAAUGAGAUGACAUUUGAAAAGACCUCGCAACUCCAGGGUUGGCUUUCUGACUGGGAACUUAAAAAUCACUCCUCGUGCCUCCCAAACCCUAUGUGAUAAGAGAGUUAGAGACCUGAAUCUUAUUUCAGUCAUCUUCAGGGGCAGCUAUGAUGUCCCAGCAAGGAAACUCCCUUUAAAAGUGUUACUAUUCAAAUUAUAUGUCGGGUUGAAUCACAUUCAACAGAGAUAUAUUCUAGAAUACUUUUUUUAGAAGAGGCUAAUAAAAUAACAGGAAGAAUUAUAUUGAAUGGAAUUAUUUUUGAUAAUGAGAAUUAUUUGGGUAGAUUCACUGCAGCUAUGUCAACAUGAUAUUUAGACCAACAGGGGAUCAAUAUUUGGAAUAUACUAAACUGGUUACGUAAAAAUUAUUGAUACCAUUUAGACAAAAGCAAGUGAUCCGUGGUUCUGCUAUACUGCAUCAAUGGACUUUGUUAGUAUCAUGUUGAAAUAGCUUGAAUUAAUACCUUUAUCCCCUCGCAAAUUCUUGUCUUCCAAUCACCUCACAUAUAUUUUCAUAAUUAGCUGUUUAUGCUAUGUUUGUUUUAUCCCCCUCUGCUCAAAAUUUGAAGGAAAAUUAUGGAUGCCAGUCUUGGUUGCACAAAAUAUCCAUAAACAUUUAACACUUUAAAAUGCACACUAAUUUUCACUGCUAAUAAUUCUGUAAGGACACAUCAAAGCUGGCCAAAAUAUAUUGUUUGUUUGUUUAUUUUAAAGCAAUACUGAGUUUCCACCUUGGGCUGACUUUGAUCCUGUUCCAUUUUUGAAAUUUCAUUUAUUCCUUUUCAAUCUUGGAUGUUCCUCUUCUUUGGGAAUCGUGGAGGGAUCAUCAAUCUUAUAAUAACAGGAUAACAGAUGAAAAAUGGACAAGUCAUAGAAUGAAAUGUUGUUCCCCUAACCUUGGCAGAGCAGGGCAUAGAGCAGAGGGCACAGAGAAGAGAGGGAUAUCCCGGCUUAGUUCUAGAUGUUUUUGGAGCAAUGUCCAUCCUCAGAGAGUAUGUAUAAUUUACCCCUUUCUAUCCCUUAGAUGUAGAAGGGCUAUCGAUCACAUACAUUAUUUAAAAUAUACACUCUUGGAACGUUCAUCUUAAAAUCAAAUUUAGGCAUUUCACUCUAUGCACAUUUGCUUUACCACUGGCCACUAUUUUCUGGACCCAUGAAGUUAAUGUCACAAUCAUUUUUGCUUUCUAUUUCUCUCACUUUUAACAAAAUAGAACUGUGAUGUGUCUUCUUUGUAAAAGUUUAGGUAUAAAAUGCUAUGCAAGUUUUUCUUUAUAGUAAGAGCUUUAUUUUCUUUAAUAAUAUACCCCAACUUAUAUGUUUUAAUCUCCCUUGUCCCUCAGAAUAAGCGAAAUUACAGAAUAACUGAAGCUAUAAUCUUGUAGACACAAGAGUCAAAACUGUGCAGUCAGUCGAGCUGAAAUUAACUACGAAUUAAUUUUAAUUAAUUCUAAAGCGACUUUGGUUUCCAUGUUAGUCUCUUAGCUAGCAAGUUUUGCCUGUUGCUUUUUUAAAGCUGGAUCCACACAGUGAAGGGACAAGACAGUCUGUGAAGGUGAUCAGUAUAGCAGUAAAAUUCAGGACAAGGACAUGGGGUUUUGUGUAUUUAACUGGAUAAUUCCCUUCCACUCUCCUCUUCCCCUUGGCUGUGUAGAUAAAACUAUGUGUUCAAAUGAUGGUACUUUGACUUUUGAGAGUUUCUUUUCCUUUUAUCCACAAAAUAAUCUUUCUCAUUUAUUUGUAUGUAUGUAUAACCCAACGAGGGAUGUUUGGCUGCUGAAACUUCUUUGUUUUGGGCCAAGAAGACCAAGGUUGGAGAGAUUUCGACAAUGUCUUAUGGGAUUCAUGGAAUUAUUUGGGGCUUAAGUGGUACAACGGACAUCUAGUCAUGUGAAAUGGUUAGAAUGAUCUGAAAUGGUUCCUUUGCUAGAAUGUGUUCCUGAAGAGAGAGAAUCUAGUUAUAGGCUUUAUUUUGAUCUUGUGCACAACAUGACAAAGACUGCUAAAAUUAAGAUCAAUCUCCCGUUUGUAAUAGUGCCCUUGGAGCUCUCGCUUACACCAGGAUAGAAAGCACAUCAUGGAAUUUGUAAUGUCUUAUGUGUCUUAGAAAAACUGCUGGACACCCCUCAGUGGUGGAUUGCUUUGAUUGGCAUUUUCAGUCACAGGAAUGUGUUUUGUCCAUAUAUCUGCUCUGUGUUUGGGCCUUUCUUGCUGUUAUUACUACAUAUUUUGAGGAGAUUAAUCGAGAGUCAAAGUUGAAGGUACAGGCCACAUCCAUGAACAAAGCCAAUCUCAGUGGUUUAUAAAGAACUGGAUGCCAUCUGACCAAAUGAGAUGAUUUCAGAUAGUAUAUGACCACUUUGAGAGCUAGAUGACUCUCACUGUGCAGGGGGAAUUUCAAAAGAAAAAGGCACAGCCCUGAUCACAGUGAUAUCAUUGACCGUCAUUCAUACCCAGGAUUGUCAUUAAUACCUACUUGUUUGGGGAGAAUUGUUUGAUCAUGGGAGAGACCGUGAGCUUCCCUCAAAGCUGACCCAUGCCAUGGGACAACCACAGGCGAGACAAAAAGUAUGUUCCCUGCCUAUUUUCCUUGUGUAACAAGUGGAAAACACACUACCCUGUGAGAAAUAAUGCAAUUUCUAAUUUUCUGAAUGUUUGUUGAAAAUACAAUUGGAUAUUUUCCCUGAGGUUAAAGAAAAGCGUAAUGUGACCAGUCUUGUAAAAAGUAUUAAUGAAGUAGCUAAUAUGACUGCCCAAUUUCCUGCUAGUGCAGAUCGCAGUGGUCUUCGUUGUUUCACAGGAGUCAAAACUUCCCUCCCUGCUGAGGAGGACAAGCUCUUCAUGUUGUGUGCAGAGCAUCAUUCCAGACACAAGGCAACGUUGUUGCAGUCCACAGGGAGCAGAUGCUGAACUUGAUCAGCAAACCUCAGCCACAGAGCCCACUGCGACUUUUGACAGUGAAGUAGUUACUUUCCAUUAACUUCUUUGUUUAUAGCAUUUUUCUCUAACCUAUAACAAGGAGACAUUAAAUUUUACUUUACACCAUGAGAGUAAUGGUUUUGCUCAUGACUUACCUUGCCAGCUUCAUGAGAAAGAAAAAUAGAAAAAAGUGCCCGAAAGAGAAAGAGACAUAUACACGAAACAAACAAAAACCCCCUCCUAGUUUUAGUCUUGUCAAACCUUCAGUGAUACUCUGUUUUUUAAGUCAAAAUACUAAUGUAGGAAGCUGUAGUUUACAAUCUGCUCUGACUUCUUCAGCAGGGUCGAAAGACGACUGCUGGCACUGGGGGAUGCCUGUCACUGUCUGUGGGGAGAAAGUUUUGUACAUGUAUGAUAUCGUUGUUAGAACAGAUCAGAUUCUUUUGCUACAGUUUUUGUUUUUUCUUUUUCUAGCAGCACAUCCAGCAGAAGAGCACAAAGCAAGGCCAUUGCAACAGACAUUUUUAAACUACUAUAAAACACACACGUGCGUGCGCACACACGGAACACACACAAACACACACACUGGGGCAUUUGUAAAGGGAUUCACGGGAUGUAAGAUUUAUAGGCAAGUGAAGGCGUCGCCACUGUGUGUCCCUCAUAGGACCAGUCUUUACUCACUGAAAGUUAAUCCUGAUGAUUUGUUAUUGUUUGAACCAUGUGUUGACUUGCUUCUGGUUUAUGUUUAGUGUGUUCUCGCUGACAAGGGACUACAAGGGGCUGGAAGAUUUGGCAUCACACAUCCUCUGAGACCUACCAUGUCGCACACUUUGUUAACGCCAAACUUCACUCUACACUAUACAGGACCUUGUUGAUAUAUUCAGUAAAGGCUUAUUUUAAAAGAAAACCA